CGCGCUGCGCCGCCAUUUUGUGCGAGCCGCGGCCGGCAGCCGCGGGCAGCAGCCGCUCGUCUGCCUGUUCCCCCCCCCCUUGUCCCCGCCGCUGCUGCUGCCAUGCCUUCCGCGCCGCUCCGCGUGGCCGUGGUGUGCUCCAGCAACCAGAACCGCAGCAUGGAGGCGCACAACAUCCUCAGCAAACGAGGAUUCAGCGUUCGCUCCUUUGGCACAGGGACUCACGUGAAACUGCCAGGACCAGCCCCGGACAAGCCAAAUGUUUAUGACUUCAAAACAACAUAUGAUCAGAUGUACAAUGAUCUGCUUAGGAAAGACAAAGAACUAUACACACAGAAUGGAAUUUUACACAUGUUGGACAGAAAUAAGAGAAUCAAGCCACGACCAGAGAGAUUCCAGAACUGCAAAGAUGUUUUUGAUUUGAUCCUAACGUGUGAAGAAAGAGUCUAUGAUCAAGUAGUAGAAGAUUUAAAUUCCAGAGAGCAGGAGACGUGUCAGCCAGUCCAUGUGAUCAAUGUGGACAUUCAGGAUAACCACGAGGAGGCCACUCUGGGUGCUUUCCUUAUCUGUGAGCUCUGCCAGUGUAUACAGCACACAGAAGACAUGGAAAAUGAAAUAGAUGAGCUGUUACAGGAAUUUGAAGAGAAAAGUGGAAGGACUUUUCUUCAUACUGUCUGCUUUUAUUAAAGCACAUCUGUCUCUUAGGCCUUAAUACAGAUGAGGGAAGCAUGUGUUUAAAUUUCUGAUUAUACUGUAUUUUCCUGGAAAAUGAAUAUUGAUCUUUUUUUGUUUGUUUGUUUGUUUGUUUAAAAACUCCUUUUCAGUGUCUUUUUGUUUCAGGUGUUCUGUCACAGGUAGGCAGAGGUACUGGUUGGGCUUGUACAUAUGAAAUGAUGAAAAGUAUACACAAAGGCCACCUAUUUAAAAAUGAAAUUCAAGUUCUUUUCUAAAUCCUACUUUAAUUAUUACAAGUAGGUUUUUAAUUAUAAAGAGAAUGUUUCUUGAAUAUAAGUUUAUAAUGUAUUUUUCCAGCUUACAAAUUUAUUUUAUUUCAGUUGUGCUUUUUUUUUUUGGCUUUUUUUUUUUUUUUAAAUUUAAUGUGACAGAAUGGCUGAGGAUAUGAAUGGAACAAUUAAAUAACUGAGUAUCUGUAUAUUAUUAGCUAUAAAGUUGGAAGCAUCCAAUAAAAAUGAAAAACCUCUAA